AUGUCUCGGUGGUUUUUUUUGUUUUUUAUAGAAGAUCUUGUCUACGAGGUUGUACCGAAUGCAUUUGAAGAGGGUCUAUGUGAUAGUAUUAGUGAUGAAGAUGUUGAGGGUGUUCAGGAAGACUAUGAAUAUUGUACGUCUUUUCAAGAGGAAGUUUGUACUGAUGCCGUUUCUGGAGCGAAGACAGUAACAGCAAUAUUUGAUUUUCAAAAGUUUUCUGACGAUGAGAUAAGCUUUAAAAGGCUAGAGAAACUCAAGAUAUGUGAUGAUAUCACAAGUGAUAACUCUGAUUGGUGUUAUGCUGAACUUUUAUCUACGGGAGAAAAAGGUUACGUUCCUAUUGCCUAUAUCUCUCAUGCCAGCCAAAAACUGAUAUCACAAGACUGGUGGUGUGAUAUAAGCUCAUACGCUUCCGAGGAAUUGAUGAGCAAUCCGGAUACUCCUGUGGGAACAUUCCUUAUACGUCCAUCUGACAGAGGACGGAUGUUUGUCUUAACAAUGCUGGCACCAAGUAUUUGUUCAAAUCAAGGAGUUGUUAAACACUAUCGUAUCCAGUCUCAAAAUGAUCGACUGUUCAUCAGCCCUAAACAAAAAUUCAGCAACAUCUUUUCGCUUGUUGAACACUAUAAACACUUUGCUGAUGGUUUGUUGUGCAAACUUAUUUAUACAAUUCCAAAGCAAAAUCCUGUUGUUUAUCCAAGAAGAAUAGAAAUUGAUCGAAAUGCAAUUGAACUUGGGAAGUCAAUCACUGUCGGCAGCUUUGGAGAGCUUGUCAGUGGCAAAUUGUUCAAUACAUUGGAUGUUACCAUCGUGACAAAAUGCAAAAGUGAACUGGGUCAUUUUUGGAUGAAGCCAACAUGCUGUUUAAGUUUCGACAAUGUGAGCACUUUGUUAAAAUGAUAGCUGUCGUCCUUGAACCUGAACAAUUCAUGAUUGUACUAGGAGAAACGGUCAAAGACACGCUACAAAGUAACCUGAGAAAAAAUACUGGAAAAUUAUUAUCUCUUAGAAAAUUGACCAGGAUGGCUUCAGAGGUAUUCAUAUAUUUGAAA